UGAAUUUCAAUACAGCAAGUGUAUCCAUCCCCCCGGAGGGGUUUUGGUCUUUUGGACCGUAGUAGUUCCUGGUCCCGGGCCUACCAAUGGGCCUGGACUAUGCCAUGCACGAGGUAAUCUCGAGCAGCCUUAAAAGUUGAUGUCCCGCUCUAUCAUUAAGCUUGUUGCUGUCUGUUUUACCAGCAUUGAUACUGUGAUGAAGUUCUGAAGUUCCGAAGCCUGAAGUCUGUUAAAAGCCUCCGUCUUAAUCGGUGAUCAUUGUAUACUCCCCCAAUACUCAAACAUGUCGUCCCUUGGCCUUGUCUCGGUCCAAACCAAGACCCUGCUCGCCACGCUGAUCCGACUGUUCACCUCGCCCCUCUCCGGUUCCAGGGGCGCGCAGAACUACUUCAAAGAUGUCAUGUUCGCCGGGAUGCGGGCGCAAUUGGGGAACCUGACGUUUCCGCAGGAGCGCGGCUUGAACGGCGAUACGACGACGGACGUGUACAAUAAGUUCGUGGCCGCCAAGGGGAUUCCGGGGAAGAGCCUUACGCUUCCGUCGGGGACGCAGGCGCAUUGGCUGGGGGAUGAGUCGGCAAAAGAUGUGUUUAUCUGGUUCCAUGGUGGUGGAUACUGCGUUCCGAGCAAUCCUGGCAACAUGGGCUUCCUGUUGGCGUUGAAGGAUGCCAUGGUCGCUCAAGGCCAUUCGUUUGCAGUCCUUGUUUUGACCUACGAUUUGGCACCCGAGAAUCCAUACCCCGCGCAACUUCGACAGGCCGCCGAGCUCAUGCACCAUCUCCUGGAAGUGGAGAAGCGGAAUCCGUCCACUCUCACCAUCGGCGGCGAUUCCGCAGGAGGCAACCUGACCCUGGCCCUCUUCUCUCACAUCCUCCACCCCCACCCCGACCCCAGUAUCCCCCGCGUAUCUCUCUCCUCCCCGCUCCGCGCUGCGAUCCUCGUCUCCCCAUGGGUCUCGUUCGACCUCACCUGGGACUCCUUCCGCACGAACGCGCAAUCCGACAUCUUCGACGGCAGGCUGCUCAAGCGCUGGUCCGGCGGCUUCCUAGGGUCGUCGACGGGCGACAAGUACAGCGAGCCGCUUACCGCCGAUCCGGACUGGUGGCGGGGCCUGCACGGACUGACGAGCGAGGUGUUGAUCUGGGGCGGAGGCGGGGAGGUGCUUCUGGAUGGGAUUAAGGAGUUUUACUGGAAGAUUAAGGAGGGGUGGGUUAAUGGAGGGGCGGAGGGGAAGAAGCUUACGAUCGUUGUGGAUCCGCGAUGUGCGCAUGAAGAGAUGAUUGUUCAUCGGUUGCUGGGCUAUAAGACCGCGUCCCCAUCGGAGAAGUCGAUUGAGAAAUGGUUGCAGGCGAGGUUGUGAGGUUGCGGGUUCGACCGGUACCCAUAAUGGGCGCAUAGUGUAAGUUUCGGAUCUCUGGAGCUAUCCGUCAGGAAUACCAUUUUCUGUAUUUACGAGUGCGAGCUGUUUGAUAUAAUGGCUUGGUAAAAUAGCGAAUUUGAUCAGCGUCGUGUAGCGUCAUGUUUCCUAUCCUG